GGAACAAUACAUCAGAGAGGCACAGGAGAGUUCAGUGAAAAUCAGACCUUUGCUCCUUGCUAAGCAAAAUGGAGUUUCUUUUUACACUGCUUGUGUUGGUACUGGCAGUGUUCGUUGCUUCUUUUGUAUUGCUGGUUUUGGGGAUAAUUCAGUUUGAAAUCACCAACACAGAAAUCCCCCCUGGAAUGGAUCAGCCUAUAAAACUCCGAAUCAUUCAUGGUCUUUUUGUGGGUUCAGCUGUCCUGGGGAAGAUUUUGGAGAGGAUGGGUCUCUGCAGGCAAAUCAGUUUUAUCCGGCGCAUAAGAAGUGAAAAGAAACCAGGGAUGGACCCAAAACUCUUCAUUAAAGACCUAGAUUUUGAGACGGUGCCUGUGAGGGUUUACCAGCCUAGAGCAUCAUCGUCUGGCCAAAGAAGAGGCAUUGUUUUCUUUCAUGGUGGUGGCUGGGUAUUUGGGGACCUUGAUUCCUAUGAAAAAGUGUGCCGUUACAUUGCCAGAGAAAGUGAAUCAGUGGUUGCUUCAGUUGAGUAUCGUUUAGCACCUGAGCACAAGUAUCCUGCACAGUUUGAUGACUGUCUCACAGCUGCUGUACACUUUAUGAGGAAUUCAGAAGACUAUGGAGUGGAUCCCACACAUAUUAUCAUAGCUGGGGACAGUGCUGGAGGUCAACUUGCUGCUCUUGUCAGCCAAGCACUCAUGAGUAGGCCAGGCCUUCCUAAACUUCGUGCUCAGGUCUUGAUCUAUCCAUUUGUCCAGGGAUUGGACUUCAAUUUGCCAUCAUACCUACAAAACUGUAAGGUGCCACUUUUGUUCCGAGAACGUGUUCCUUUCUUUGCUUUGCUGUGCCUGAAUGGGGACGUAUCGGUUUUGGAGGAUGUCUUGGAGGGCACCCAUAUUCCCAUGGACAUAAAACUGAAGUACAGGAAAUGGCUGAGUCUUGACAACAUCCCUGAAGAAUUCAAGGUCAGAGGCUAUAAGCCACAGUUGUUCACUGAAUGCAAAAAGGAAGUUUAUGAGCAAGUUAAGGGAAUAUGUGAGCCAACUUUUUCCCCACUUUUAGCGGAAGAUGCCAUUUUCUGCCAGCUCCCUGAAUCUUUCAUCCUGACCUGCGAGUAUGAUGUGCUUAGGGAUGAUGGGCUGUUAUAUAAGAAGCGACUGGAGGAUUGUGGUGUUCAAGUGACCUGGUACCAUGUUGAGGAUGGAUUCCAUGGGAUCAUUUCCAUGUUUGAUAAGGGCAUACUUUCAUUUCCAGCUGGAAAAAAGGCACUGGACAAGAUUAUAAAUUUUAUAAGAGGAUUAUGACAACAUUGUAAACAUUCUAAAAGGCUUCUAAAUCUUGUCAUUUUCUUUGUUCCCACAGUGUUUGUUCUUCCAUUUAGCGAUAUUUUAUCACUCGGCCUCUUGUGGGCUCAAUUCAAGUUUAGUUGAAUUCCACUUCUACUGGGAAACUAAAAUCUUCCCUUGCAGUGAAUCAUGCUAAAUGAUUUACUUUGGCGUUCUUCUAUUGUAUUUUCUCUAUGAGAGUCCAUAUAAAACAAAUUUACAGAAUCUAUAAGAAAAUUAAAAAUUUUAGUGAUCAUACUGUACAACUUAAUUGCAAGAGAAGUAUAUCCCUCCAGCU